UGCGUCCUGCCUCGGAACCGGGAGGAGGAAGCAGCAGUUGCCGCCGUCCCCGCCGCCGCAUUGCUACCACUGAGACAAGCCAUGAACCGCGCUUCUCGGCGGCCUCCCGGUGGCCCCACCGACGACCCCCCCAUCUUGGGAGUCUAGCUCGGAGCGCCCUCGCCUCGCCUAGUCUCAUCAGCUCUCCCGCCCGCCCAAGGACCCAAAGAAUCAUGAUUCCGGUAACGGAAUUCAGGCAAUUUUCUGAACAGCAGCCUGCAUUCAGAGUACUCAAACCUUGGUGGGAUGUGUUUACAGAAUAUCUCUCUGUGGUCAUGCUAAUGAUUGGUGUGUUUGGCUGUACGUUACAAGUUAUGCAAGACAAGAUAAUCUGCCUCCCAAAAACCACGCAGCCUUCUCAGAACCACUCAUCCGUCCCUAACACAUCUCACGCCAUCGACACUUCAACGCCACUGCCUCCACCACAGCCAUCUGCCAGCCCUGCCACUGUGGAAAUGAAGGGGCGGAAGACUGACUUGGACCUUCAGCAGUACAGUUUUAUCAACCAGAUAUGUUAUGAGAAGGCCCUCCACUGGUAUGCCAAGUACUUCCCUUACCUCGUCCUCAUCCACACCCUCAUCUUCAUGCUCUGCAGUAACUUUUGGUUCAAGUUCCCUGGCUCCAGUUCGAAGAUAGAACACUUCAUUUCCAUCCUGGGGAAGUGUUUCGACUCUCCUUGGACCACCAGGGCUUUGUCCGAGGUGUCCGGGGAGGAUUCUGAAGAAAAAGACAACAGGAAGAACAACUUACAGAAAGCAACUUAUCCCUCCCAGUCAACUGCCGAUAACAACCUGGUCCAGUCUCAGUCAUUGAAGUCCAUACCUGAGAAGUUUGUGGUCGACAAGGCCUCUGCUGGGGCACUGGAUAAGAAGGAAGGCGAGCAAGCUAAGGCCCUCUUUGAAAAGGUGAAGAAGUUCAGGAUGCAUGUGGAGGAGGGCGACAUUCUCUACAGUAUGUAUGUCCGCCAGACUGUCCUCAAAGUACUCAAAUUCCUGAUCAUCAUUGGUUAUAAUAGCGCCCUGGUUCCCAAAGUUCAGUUUACAGUCAGCUGUGACAUUGACAUUCAGGACAUGACUGGGUAUAAACACUUCUCCUGCAAUCACACCAUGGCACACUUAUUCUCAAAACUUUCCUUUUGCUACUUAUGUUUUGUAAGCAUCUACGGACUAACGUGCCUUUACACUUUAUAUUGGCUGUUCUACCGGUCCCUAAAGGAGUAUUCUUUUGAGUAUGUUAGGCAGGAGACGGGAAUUGAUGAUAUACCAGAUGUGAAAAAUGAUUUUGCUUUUCUGCUACAUAUGAUUGAUCAAUAUGACCCUCUUUACUCUAAGAGAUUUGCCGUGUUCCUAUCUGAAGUCAGCGAAAAUAAAUUGAAACAGUUGAACUUAAAUAAUGAGUGGACAGUUGAUAAACUGAGGCAGAAGCUGCAGGUGAAUGCCCAGAACCGCCUGGAGUUGCCGUUGAUCAUGCUCUCUGGCCUUCCAGACACCGUCUUCGAUAUCACUGAGCUGCAGUCUUUGAAACUUGAAAUCAUCCAGAAUGUCAUGAUCCCAGCCACCAUUGCCCAGCUCAGCAACCUGCAGGAGCUCUCUUUGCACCAAUGCUCUGUCAAAAUCCACAGCGCUGCUUUGAGCUUCCUAAAGGAAAACCUGAAGAUCUUGAGUGUCAAAUUCGACGACUUACGGGAAUUGCCGCCCUGGAUGUACAGCCUCAGGAAUCUGGAGGAGCUCUACUUGUACGGUUCUCUGGGCCACGAUAUCUCUAGGAACAUCACUCUUGAAUCUCUGCGGGAACUUAAAAACCUGAAGGUUCUCUUACUCAAGAGCAACAUCUCCAAAGUCCCUCAAGCGGUGGUUGAUGUUUCCAGCCACCUCCAGAAAAUGUACAUCCAUAACAAUGGUACCAAGCUCGUCAUGCUUAACAACCUGAAGAAGAUGACCAACCUGACAGAGCUGGAGCUGGUCCACUGCGAUCUGGAGCGCAUCCCCCACGCCAUCUUCAGCCUGCUCAGCCUCCAGGAGCUGGACCUGAAGGAAAACAACCUCAAGUCGAUAGAGGAAAUCAUGAGCUUUCAGCAUUUGCGGAAGCUGACGGUUCUUAAACUGUGGCAUAACAGCAUCACCUACAUCCCAGAGCACAUCAAAAAGCUCACCAGCCUGGAGCGCCUGACUUUUAGUUACAAUAAAAUAGAGGUGCUGCCUUCUCACCUCUUUCUAUGCAACAAAAUCAGACACUUAGAUCUGUCUUUCAAUGACAUUCGGUUUAUACCACCGGAAAUAGGAGUGCUGCAGAGUUUACAGUAUUUUUCCAUCACCUCUAACAAAGUGGAGAGCCUCCCCGAUGAACUGUAUUUCUGUAAGAAACUGAAAACUUUGAAGAUUGGGAAAAAUAACUUAUCGGUCCUUUCACCAAAAAUCGGGAACUUACUAUUCCUCACCUCUUUGGAGGUCAAAGGCAAUCAGUUAGAGGUCCUCCCUCCGGAACUGGGUGACUGCCGGGCGCUGAAGCGAUCGGGCUUUAUUGUGGAAGAUGUACUGUUUGAAACGCUGCCUUCUGAUAUUCGGGAGCAAAUGAAAGCAGAAUGACUUAACUUUCUUCAAAGUUUGACUGAAACAUGCUUCUACCAAAUACAUUAUAAAUAACUAGGUAGUCUAAUGCCUUUACUUUUUUUUUCUUUUUUCACACAAAACAAAAUGUACAGACAGAUUUGAAGUAAGGAGUACAUAUAUUUUUAAUAAAAAUUUACUUGUAUUUUUUCAAUGUUAAUAUUUUAAAAUUUUAUUUGUCCUGGAAACUAAUGUCCCCUUAUUAUUCUUUUGUAUUGGCAAAAACAGCUAGUUCCAUCUGCUGGCUUUGUUUUGUUUUGUUUUAAGUUCAUUUUAUUCUCAAGAAAAGGACGAAGUCUGGAAAUGCACCAUGUUGUGGAUUGUUUGUAAUAGAUGAAGGUAUUUUGCUGAGAGCAAAUGUGGGUCCAAGGUCUUUCUGUUGUUUGAUGUACCAAGUGGUCUUGCGAGGGAUGAAGGUCAUUUUCCUCUUACCAUCUGGCUUUUCCAUUGACGGGAUUCAUUGGUUCUCCUUCUUUAAGGAAUUAGAAAGAAUUAAAUUUCAUUAGAAUGAAAGGACCAAAUUCAUUGGUUCUCUUUCUGCUCAGAUGAAACUGAAGUCAAUGAGCACAGUAACAAGAGGCACACAGAUAUAAGGUUGCCAUUAAGUACUCACUGUACUCUGCAACCCCAGACAGUGUUGGUGGGAUCAUGGGAGAGUUGCAAUGGCCUUGGAAUGGUGGAGGAUUGUUAGUGAAAGAAGAGAGCCGCCUUACCUUAUUGGUGUCACGGGGUGAAGAGAGAGUUGAAUGGAUUUGCACUUUUUGAUAAUUAUUUUUAGAAAUCAGAUUUUCAAAUGAAAUUCUCAGUGGUUUGUUUAUCCUUUGAAUCUUGAUACUGCUAUGUAGCACUGGUAAACAACCUUUGACAGACUCGAUUUAUUUUAAUAUUCUAACUGGUAAUGGAAUUAAAAAUCAUGAAAUUAGAAGCCUGCUUUUUCAGUAACUCAAUCAUCUGCAAAAUCUUAAUAUGUGGGUGCAUUCGAUAGGAAAUUUUACCUACUAAAACUAUGCUCAGUAGCCGGUGAACUCUGCUGUUUUUUUCCUUCCUUUUGGGCAGUGUGGCAGUUGUAAUCUAUUUAAGGUUUGCCACUUGCCCCCAAAUAAACAAAAGGCUAUAAAAUAAUCUGUUUAUAUAUUAAUCAAUUUCUCUCCAAGCCUUUCUUUUCUGUGAACAUACUGAUGGCUGCUGGUUGUUCAAGCACAAGGUUGUUAAACCUCUCUGCUAUGCUUGACUUAAAAGUAGGGUCUCAUCCUAAAUGAUUCAGUUAUGUUUUUUCUUUUAAGUGUGAACAAAAUUGUUAAGUGGUUUUCACUUAGCAGGUUUUCCUUGAUAGUCAAUAUUGGCCCUAUCUACUCUUGCACUUAGCAAUGCAGAAAUAUUUGGAUCUCUGCACGAAAAGUGUCCAUGGACUCUUAAGCUUUGAGACAAGAAGAUACAAAAAUGAUGUUUGCAUAUAUUGGGAUUGAUCAUAAGACCUUUGUCAUAGUACCAAAUUUUCAUUGCACUGAGCACCUCCUAGUUCAAUGGAGCUUCUCUGACUUACAGCGAAGUCAGAGUGAUGGAAGGCCUCAAAAGCCUUGCUUUAAAAAUGAAUUGUUCAACAAAGAAUUCAGUGGCUUAAUGUUAAUCUGCUGCAGACUGCAUCGAUAGGAACUGUUCAACAUGCAUUUGUAUCUCACUGCUUCCACUUUCCAGUAGGCUGCCAUAUUGAAGAAACACUUCGCAUUAUUCUAGUCACCUAAUGAUAUAACCAAAGUGAUGUUACAGGGCCUGCUGAACAUUCUGUGUUUCCAAGUGCCAACUGGCCAACUCACUCAUGUGAGACUGGGAAUGAGGGUUAAAAACCCUGUGUGUUUGAAGUGCUCUUGUGGUUACAUUUGCUCCCCAAUUAACCAUUCGUUUCCAGAAUGUUGUUGUGGUCCCUGUCGACACUGGUUGUGAAGAUGAUGUGUUCUAUUUAGAAAUGUGGUGUACUCUAAUUUGAAUAUUUUUAAACUUUCCGAAAAGAUUUUUUUUUUGCCACCAGGAAGAACAAAUGAACCGUAUUCCAGAAGUCUGGACCCCAGGGGAACCCGGGAAGGGGGUGCUGUAUUUUUCUGAAUUCUAGGCAUAGGUUUGCUUUUACACGCAGCCCUUAAAGAAAAAAAAGUGCCAUCGAGAUUAAAAGCUUAUUUAAGCAACUAUUCAGCUUUCUAAGUCUAUAAGCAUUUAUUAAGCACUUGCUUUGUGCGUGAGGCAUUUCCAUCACUUAUGCCAAUGUUGGCAGAAUUGCAAGGCCAAAUCAGCCUAGCUUAUUUUUUAUUUGUAAUAGAGCUAUUCCGAGCUUCCUUAUCUGCCAAAAUGAGGCUGAUAAUAAUAAUAAUGAUAAUCUUUAAACUAGUUUUAAAAAUGAAACAGCACGAAACCUUUCAGCUUUGGCUUAAAAAGUAAAUGUAUAGACAUUUCUCUGGGGACAGGGGAAAGGGGCCUGCCCCACCCGAGGACAUACAAUGCACAGACUUAGGUAUUUCCUGGUUUUCUCUUUUUUAGCUUUCUAAUUUCCCAGUUCACAUUUGUUGAAAAAAAAAAAGUUUGGCCUUUAUUAAAGAAAACUCAGGUAAAUAAGUAGCUUGGCUUUCCUAAGGCCAUUUUAGUCAUCUGUGGGGUCUGUUUAUGUCCCCAUUUUCAGCAUUUUAGAAGUGCUCUUGAUAGAAGUGUUUCCCCUCAAUAGGACCUAUAGGAGGCUACCUAUGUAAAUAUACAGGCACCCCAUGUUUUCAGCUGUUUAAAGCUUGAUACUCACAAUGGUGAACCGUUUUUGUUAUGUAGAGUAACUCUCCAAGAGCAGACAUCCCUUUCAUUGAUGAACUGAUUGAGACAGCACAUACACUGCAUUUCCAAGUGAAGCCUGUCUAUGAAUUAGCUCGCCAGUGGCUCUGCAAAUGUUUGAUGUUCUUGACCCCAUGACCUCUGACUGCAAGAUUUGGGGGGAUCAUUAGUAAAGCUCUUGGAUCACACGAACACAAUUUCCCCCCCUGCCAUUUGCGGCAUGGUUUCUAGCCCAUUAAAUCACCUAUGGUGCUAAUCUAGACUGGUCUUCACAAUCUGUGCUGUUGUACACUCAUCACAAAGAAAAAAAAAUGUUAUUGUAAAUAUCUCGUCGUCUAAUUCCUUGAUAGGAAGUGGGGUUCAGUGGAAAGAACCCUGGCUGUGUACUCAUUCAAAUGAUGCCUCUGAUAUUUAAUACCUGAACAGCCUGGGAGAAAUCAUUUCACCUCCCCAGUUCUCAGUAUCAUUGUCUGGAAAACGAGGGGAUUAGACUAGAUGUCCUCAGAGGUCAUGACCUUCCAGUUCUAGAUCUCCGAAUUAUGAGCAUAGUAGACCAGCCUUGGGGAAUCGAAGACCUGGGUUCAAGUCCUUCCUCUGAUAACACCCUAGCUUGGCAGCUACAGGCAAGCCACCUUAACAUCUCAGUGCCUCCAGGAGACUCUUAAUAUGAUAUGAUAAGAUGAGUUGUCAACAGGCAUCUGGGGGGGGGGGAUGUCUCCACACUGAGAGAGUCUGACCAGAAAGACUCCAAAAAGUGACCUUUCUUUUGUACCUCUUGGGUCAGGGCCCCAGCUAACCUGAGGAAGGGGUAUAAAAUAUCCCAGAAGGCCUAGAGCAGAAAAGAGAUGCUUGCAGAGGGACAUCAUAGUUGCCUUCAGGGCUGUCAUGCAAGAGAGAUUAGACUGAUUCUACCUGGCCCCAAAAGACAGGAUUAAGAACAACGGGUAGGAGCUGCUUAGGGACAGAUUUAGGUUUUGUGUAAGUAAGGAAAAAACUUUCCCACAAUCAGCUCUCCAAAAAUGUAAUGGGUCACCUCAAUAGGUAGUGAAUGAAUGGACUCUUCCUCUUUGGAGAUCUUCCGGGAGACGCUGGAAGACCACUUGUUGGCCAUGGUGUCAAGGGGAUUCUUGUUCAUGGAUUAGCUGGCCUCUUGGAUUCCUUCCAGCAACAAGAGUCUGCAACUGAGUCUGUGGAUUGCUUGGGAUGAGGCAAAUAGAGAAAGACCACUUGGCCCUUGUCUUACUCCUAGGAUUUGUCAUUAUUGCUAAUAUGAAAGAACCAGAAAUAGAUUGGCUGAUUUAUGGAUGUCCUUUUAGCAACAUUUUCUGCCACUCCCUAAAAAAGUGCACAAAAUGGGUAUUACUAUACUUCAUUUGCCAAAAAUUAUGGUAAGAAAAUAUAGGCUUUUAUAUAGCUUCCUUCCAUGGAAAUGAUUUCUCCUAAACACAUCUCUGUAUUCAUCACCUAUCAAGCACUCAUUCAAUUCAAUGACCACUUAUUAAUAAGCAUUACAUAUUAGACACUGUACAAGGCAAAAAACGAGAUAAGAAUGAAGUAUUCCCUGACCUCAAGGAGCUUACAUUCUAACUGAAAUGAAGUGACCAGUCAACAUCUACUGAUACGAACCAUCUACAAACCAUACAUCAUUACAAAGAAUUUUACCAAUACUCCGGAGUAGUCAAUAGAGCAUAUAUUUCACCAUAAAUGCAUGCUUUUUGAAGCCCCAUUUAAAGUUCAUAGUAAAUCUGAAAUGUUAUUCCCCAUCAGUGAUCCUAUUAAUGGUAAAAUUUGGCCUCUCAAAUUAACAUUUCAUAAUGGGAUUGCCAAAUUGGCAUCACAAGGUAAUUAAAUGGCUAGCUAGGUGGUUGUGUCUUGGAAGACCUAGUGUCCCUAAAUCCUUGGUACUGGGAAUUACUUUGUACUGAGAGAAACUAGGGAAGAACUGUUGAGCAACCUUAGACUGGAUCUCCUUUUGGUUGUUCAGGAUGGAUAAACCUCACUGGUAGAAGGUGAGUACCUCUUUAGAUUGUGAGCUCCUUGAGGGCACGGGCUGUCUUUUGCAUCUUUGUAUCUCCAGCACAUAGCACAGUGCCUGAGACAGAGUAGGUGCUUAAUAAAUAUUAAGUGACUGACUGGAAACCUAAGCAUACCAUAUCUGCCCAGCACCAUCAUCCCUUUCCCUAGUAGUCCCUAGGUACCAAGUGUCCACUGGUCCUUGGACUUCCCAGCAAAGUUCAGAUGACACUGCUUGGCAGUAUAAAAAAUAAACAUUUUUAAGAAGGCUUUUUAUGUCAAGUCUGUGUAAAAGAAUAAAAGAGAAUGGAGAUGGUGUGGUCUUGGUUUUAUGUGAUUGGCAGCUAUUUAAUAAGUAAUGUCCUAUGAAUUCACCUGCUUCCUCUGUAUCCAUCUUCUCCCACCCAGUCUCUCCUUUAAGGGGAUAUUUUUGUUGUUGAAGUGCUACAUCUUGAGAGCUCAGUCCUUUGCAUUCUCCAGACAUCAGUGUGUGUGCUCAUAUUGUCAGAUCCUAAAAAGAUCUCCAAGACUGUCAAGAAAAGUUGGAAAGUUGACAUAAUGGAGAAUCAUCUUAAACCGACGGCAAAAAGUGUCUUAAUAUCAUUGGCCGUGUUGUAUUAUAUUGUAGUACAGUUCCAACAAUCUUAAGUGAAAUAAAACUUUUUUCUAAUUUAAAA